AGCGCUGAGAGGGAGGGGAGGGGCCAGAGGAGGGGCCACGGGCGGGGCCGGCGGGCGAAGAAAGGCCGAGCGGCCGGGGGCGGGGCCGGGGCCGGGGGCGGGGCCGCGGAGUGGGGCGGGGCGGGGCGGAGCGGGCCGGGCCGGGCUGCCUGAGACAGUCAGUGCCCUGACGGCGGCGGCAGCGGCGGCGGUUGGCCGGUGGGGGUUGGGAGGAGCGCGAGGCAGGCUGCUGGGGCAGCUGGAGCUGGCAGUUGCCGGGGCCGAGAGGAGGCUCUGCAGCCGGGAGCGUGCUCGAGGCCGGGCGGCGGAGGCGGCUGCAGCGCGCGUCCGGGGAGCGCUGGCGGCGGCGGCUGCUCAGCGAAGCAAGUGUCUGAGCCGAGAGGCGGCUACGGCGGCCACGGCGGCUGGGGCCGAGUUACUUAUGGAAAUUGUUGAUUACUCGGACAUCUUAAACUGAGAAACCUGUGAACAGGUUCAUUAAGAAUCUGCUAUUUUGAAAAAAUGCAUUUUCUGAAUGCUUUGAGCUAGAAGGUGUUCACGGUGGUCUGUCAUUUCUGCAACAUAAGAGACCGUAAUAGAGUUCCCUCUCUGGCACUUGCCCAGAUGUCUGAAACUGGCAAGGUCUAGUACUUUGAGUGACUGUCCUUCAACAAGAAGUACAGAGCUACCUACCUACUGUAUAAAUGUAAUCUUUGUGAUGACACUUACUAUAAUGGACACCUUUUCUGCAUCUAAUUUUCAGAUACAGAAUUAACACUUGGAAUCUGGAGAAGCGUCUUGUACAAAUUGAAAGAUUGGGCUUUCUCUUUAGUUUUCCAGAUGUAUUGUCUCAUCUGCAUACUUGAAACAUCCACAAUCACAUAAACUCCACAUGUAACCAUGGAGUUAUGUGACCCAUCAAGAUAUAGGAAAAGGGUUGCCAAGCUUUGGAACCAGGCAACUUUCCACCAGUUCAACAAUUAAACUAGUACAUUCUCUGCUGAUAAUCAAGAAUAAAGAGCCAAAUAAAGUCAUGCACAUUCUAUUGGCAAGUGGACUCUAGGGCUGUUGAACUUUACUGUAGCUGGUUACUCUGUCAUUCAGAGUCAACCUAGUAUGCAAGUUAUGUCCUAAUGGAUGUAAAGACCUGUGUUGAUGUAUCCAGAUUCUAGCAAAUGUUGAAGAUAAGAAACCUAUUAUGACUAAUCCUUGGGAAGAGAAAGUCUGCAAAAUGGCUCAAACGAGUUUACUGCAGGGGAAGCAGUUUUACUGUAGGGAGUGGGUUUUCCACAAGCUUCAGCAUUGCCUCCAGGAGAAAUCUAACUGCUGCAAUAGUACUGUCAACACACCGUCCCUUGUCAUGAAUUCUGGGAAUAAUGCUAGUGUUGUCUCUGGAAAAGGAGCUGCCUGGGGUGUGUUACUGGUGGGAGGGCCUGGCAGUGGCAAGACAGCUCUGUGUACUGAGCUCUUGUGGCCGAGCUCACCUACAAGCUUGCAGAGAGGUUUACAUCGCCAGGCUUUGGCCUUUCAUUUCUGCAAAGCCCAGGACUCUGAUACUUUGUGUGUUGGAGGGUUUGUUAGAGGCCUGGUUGCCCAGAUCUGCCGCAGUGGACUACUCCAAGGAUAUGAGGACAAGCUAAGGGACCCAGCCGUCCAGAGCCUCCUACAGCCCGGGGAGUGUGAGAGAAACCCAGCCGAAGCAUUUAAAAGGUGCGUUCUUCUCCCUCUUUUGGGAAUGAAGCCUCCCCAGCAAAGCCUGUAUCUUCUGGUCGAUUCUGUUGAUGAAGGGUGUAACGUUCCUGAAGGGGAACAGACAUCUACCAGCUUAUCUGGGACUGUUGCAGAGCUUUUAGCUGGGCACCAUGAGUUCUUCCCACCAUGGCUACUGCUUCUCUGUUCUGCCCGAAAACAGAGUAAGGCUGUUACUAAAAUGUUUACCGGUUUUCGAAAAAUAAGUUUAGAUGACCUUCGGAAGGCGUAUAUUGUUAAGGAUGUUCAGCAGUACAUUCUUCAUCGUUUAGAUCAAGAAGAAGCUUUGCGACAACACCUCACAAAAGAAACUGCAGAGAUGUUAAAUCAACUGCACAUUAAAAGCAGUGGAUGCUUUCUUUAUCUAGAACGAGUCCUAGAUGGAGUUGUAGAAAAUUUUAUUAUGCUGAGAGAGAUUCGUGACAUCCCAGGAACUCUGAAUGGUCUGUAUCUCUGGCUCUGUCAAAGACUUUUUGUAAGAAAACAAUUUGCGAAGGUUCAGCCUAUUUUGAAUGUGAUUCUUGCAGCCUGCCGACCUUUGACUAUAACAGAAUUGUAUCAUGCAGUAUGGACCAAAAAUAUGUCAUUAACUUUGGAAGACUUUCAACGCAAGUUAGAUGUGCUCUCUAAACUGCUUGUUGAUGGACUAGGAAAUACGAAAAUACUGUUUCACUAUAGUUUUGCAGAGUGGCUUCUGGAUGUGAAACACUGCACUCAGAAGUAUUUAUGUAAUGCAGCAGAAGGACACAGAAUGUUGGCUAUGAGUUAUACCUGUCAAGCCAAGAAUUUAACACCAUUGGAAGCACAAGAAUUUGCAUUGCACUUAAUUAAUUCAAACUUACAGUUAGAGACAGCUGAGUUAGCUCUGUGGAUGAUCUGGAAUGGUACACCUGUCAGAGACUCCCUGUCUACUUUAAUACCCAAGGAACAAGAAGUGCUACAGCUGUUGGUUAAAGCUGGGGCUCAUGUCAACAGCGAAGAUGAUCGUACGUCAUGCAUAGUCCGACAAGCCUUAGAAAGAGAGGAUUCCAUUCGGACAUUAUUAGAUAAUGGAGCUUCAGUAAAUCAGUGUGAUUCAAAUGGAAGAACAUUACUGGCUAAUGCUGCAUACAGUGGCAAUCUUGAUGUAGUGAAUUUACUUGUCUCUAGGGGAGCAGAUUUAGAGAUAGAAGAUGCUCAUGGACAUACACCACUCACCCUAGCUGCUAGACAAGGACAUACCAAGGUGGUCAAUUGUUUGAUUGGGUGUGGAGCAAAUAUUAAUCAUACUGAUCAAGAUGGUUGGACAGCAUUAAGAUCUGCUGCUUGGGGUGGCCACACUGAGGUAGUCUCUGCACUCCUUUAUGCUGGCGUAAAAGUGGAUUGUGCAGAUGCUGAUAGCCGAACAGCUUUGAGAGCAGCAGCUUGGGGAGGACAUGAGGAUAUUGUACUGAAUUUGCUACAACAUGGUGCUGAAGUCAAUAAAGCUGAUAAUGAAGGUAGAACUGCUUUGAUAGCAGCAGCAUACAUGGGACAUAGAGAAAUUGUGGAACACCUGCUGGACCAUGGAGCAGAAGUGAAUCAUGAGGAUGUUGAUGGCAGGACCGCACUCUCUGUAGCUGCCCUUUGUGUGCCUGCAAGUAAAGGACAUGCAUCAGUCGUUAGCCUUUUAAUUGAUCGAGGUGCUGAAGUUGAUCAUUGUGAUAAAGAUGGCAUGACUCCACUGCUAGUAGCUGCCUAUGAAGGACAUGUCGAUGUGGUUGACUUGCUCUUAGAGGGGGGAGCCGAUGUGGACCACACAGAUAACAAUGGCCGUACACCCCUCUUAGCAGCAGCUUCUAUGGGCCAUGCUUCAGUUGUAAACACACUUUUGUUUUGGGGUGCAGCUGUGGAUAGCAUUGAUAGUGAAGGUAGGACAGUCCUCAGCAUAGCUUCAGCCCAAGGAAAUGUUGAGGUAGUACGUACUCUGCUGGAUAGAGGGUUAGAUGAAAAUCACAGAGAUGAUGCUGGAUGGACACCUUUGCACAUGGCAGCUUUUGAAGGUCACAGAUUAAUAUGUGAAGCACUUAUUGAACAAGGUGCUAGAACAAAUGAGAUCGAUAAUGACGGACGAAUACCUUUCAUAUUAGCCUCGCAAGAGGGUCAUUAUGAUUGUGUUCAAAUAUUAUUGGAAAAUAAAUCUAACAUUGAUCAAAGAGGUUAUGAUGGAAGAAAUGCACUGCGGGUUGCUGCAUUAGAAGGGCACAGGGACAUUGUUGAAUUGCUUUUUAGCCAUGGAGCUGAUGUUAACUACAAAGAUGCCGAUGGUAGGCCUACACUUUAUAUUUUGGCCUUAGAAAACCAACUUACAAUGGCUGAGUACUUUUUAGAAAAUGGUGCAAAUGUAGAAGCAAGUGAUGCUGAAGGAAGGACAGCACUUCAUGUUUCCUGCUGGCAAGGCCAUUUGGAAAUGGUGCAGGUUCUGAUAACCUACCAUGCUGACAUCAAUGCUGCAGACAAUGAGAAGCGAUCUGCCUUGCAGUCUGCAGCCUGGCAGGGCCAUGUCAAAGUGGUUCAGCUGCUGAUUGAGCAUGGCGCUGUAGUUGACCACACAUGUAAUCAGGGCGCCACGGCACUGUGUAUUGCCGCCCAGGAAGGACACAUUGACGUUGUGCAGGUUUUAUUAGAGCAUGGUGCUGAUCCAAACCAUGCUGAUCAAUUUGGACGCACUGCUAUGCGUGUUGCAGCCAAAAAUGGACAUUCUCAAAUAAUUAAGUUAUUAGAAAAAUAUGGUGCAUCUAGUCUGAAUGGCUGUUCGCCAUCUCCUGUUCACACAAUGGAGCAAAAACCUCUGCAAUCAGUGUCUUCAAAAAUGCAAUCAUUAACAAUUAAAUCAAACAGCUCUGGUAGUACUGGUGGAGGGGAUAUGCAGCCUUCCUUGCGUGGUUUACCUAAUGGGCCAGCUCAUGCGUUCAGCUCUCCUUCAGAAUCUCCAGAUUCUACUGUAGAUCGUCAGAAGUCAUCAUUGUCAAAUAAUUCCCUGAAAAGCUCAAAAAAUUCAUCUUUGAGAACUACUUCAUCUACAGCAACGGCUCAAACAGUGCCGAUUGAUAGCUUUCACAACUUGUCAUUUACAGAACAAAUUCAGCAGCAUUCAUUGCCACGCAGUAGAAGUCGACAGUCGAUUGUUUCCCCGUCUUCCACAACGCAGUCCUUGGGACAGAGCCAUAAUUCACCGAGUAGUGAGUUUGAGUGGAGUCAAGUAAAGCCCAGUUUGAAGUCAACUAAAACACAUAAAGGAGGGAAAUCAGAAAAUUCCAGUAAAUCUGGGUCAGCUGGGAAAAAAGCUAAACAAAAUAACUCUUCACAGCCAAAAGUUUUAGAAUAUGAAAUGACUCAGUUUGAUAAAAGAGGGCCUACAGCCAAAUCUGGGACUAGUGCCCCGCUGAAGCAAAUGCCAGCAGAAUCUCAGUGCAAAAUUAUGAUACCUUCAACUCAGCAAGAAAUUGGUCGAUCUCAACAGCAAUUUCUUAUUCACCAACAAAGUGGGGAGCAGAAGAAGAGAAAUGGAAUAAUGACAAAUCCAAAUUAUCAUCUUCAGAGCAACCAGGUUUUUCUCGGUAGGGUUUCGGUCCCACGAACAGUACAAGAUCGAGGGCAUCAGGAAGUGUUAGAAGGGUAUCCUUCCUCAGAGACGGAAUUAAGCCUUAAACAAGCCCUGAAGCUUCAGAUUGAGGGUUCUGACCCGAGCUUCAACUAUAAAAAGGAAACACCAUUAUAAAAGUUUCCUGGUCCGUGAAACAGAAGACGUUGUGAUUGGAGUGGUUCUUCAGCUACUGGAUGGAAGCAUAAAAUGCCUGUUGAUUUGCUGAAAAAAAAUGAAGAAUGUGCUAUCUGCAGUACAGUUACCUUACUUACUGUAAUGUGCCUCAAUAGUAAGGCUGCCUUCUCAGUGUAACCCUCUGUGCUUAAACAGUUUUAUUUUGUGUGCUUUGUAUUCACUACACAAGAAUAAGCACUUUUUUUGUAGUGCAGGUAUAUACUGCAGUUCCCUGAUAAAAGCUGAAAAAAUUUUUGAGUAAAGUUCUUUAAGUUAAGAUUUGAUAAAUGUGCAUGUGCCAUGAUCAAAUAUAUAUGAAAAGGCAGUGUUCCUUGUAUUUAUUUUUUUCUUUUUGUGGCAAACAAAACGUGAGCAUACUGUUUCAGUCCCAUUUGCAUUGUUGUAGCGUAUGGCUUGUUUCUUGUAUCUUUAAAAAUGUUGCUCAAUAAAAUAAAUCAACUAUUUUAUGUUUCUACACCUUCAGCAUUGGUUAAAAAUGAGUUUCUAUUUAAUGCCACAUUGAGGUGAAAAAAUGGUUUCUUGACAGAUUUUUUAAAAAUAACUUCUAGUAUUUUAGGGAGCUGCUCUAAGUAGUUUAAAUUUGGGUUUCCUGGUAGAAUCCUCCUAAUCUCCGGCUAAAGGUGUCAAAAUAACCCAAACCCAGACUCUGGGCAGAACAAAGUUCUGUCUCCUCCCCUGGGGUACAGUUUCACCUUCCACUCACUUGUCGUUCCACCUCCUAGCAGACGGACUGUCAUUCCUGAGGCGUGAGCAUUCUCAGGGCCAGAGCCAGCCUCAGUGCUGUGUGUGUAGAGGGAGACUCACCUGUCUAUCUGAGGGUAGAGUUUUGAUCCCUGAACAAUUCAUUGACUAGCCUUAUCUCGUCCAUCCAGCUAAAUAAAGUAAUUUACCAGUGUAAAUUUUAAUGCUGCUUCUCUUUCAGUUGUUUCUAUUUUGUAAAUCUCUUCGUGACUAAAAUAGCCCCCACCCAAAAUCAAUUGGAUCAAUUUUCGUGGUUAGUUGGAUGAAUAUUCUUGAUGAAUGUAACACGUUGCUGUCCUUCACAGAUGGCACCACUAACCUGUUGCUUAUAGCACAUUUGUAUUUUUUUAUUGGUGUUUGAUAAACAAUAGUGACGGAUUUGCAUUUUUCUGUCUACACACUCUUCUGUUUUCUUCUUUGGACAAUUGCUUGCAGGAUGACGGAAUGCCAGGGUUAAGGGUGGAAUCUGUGACCAAGGGAAACAAAGUUGACUGCUCAAAUGUGACCCACAGCCUUGGCCUCCUGGGUGGCCCCUGAACCAGUGAAGGUAGCUUAGAUGGGUUGUGUGUGUGUCUGGAAAGGUUCAGAUUCAUUGUUUAGAAGCCAAGUUUGAUCUUUGAAUAAGCCCUGAGAAUCUUACAAAACCCAGAAAUUCUAUUUUUUCCAUGUGCUGUUGAUGAGAAGGAGGAAUGAGGAAAGAGAAUUUAGAGAUUCAGCACAAAACCAUUGCUACUACUGGCAAAAAAAUCUUUAAAAACUGUCUUAGUAAUAGAGGUCAGUAAUGUCAUCUUCAUAUGUGAAGGACACACACGUGAUGCAUUGCUCACAGAAGUAGAAAGGUGUAAUUGGUUGUGAUAAAUGUUUCACUUGAAUCUUCAUGUAAGGCUUUUAUUUUUGCUUUUGUUUUUCAAAGUCAGCAAAACUCAUUCUGUUUAUGUCAUCAAGUCAUUUCAGGAAUAGGAGAUAAGUUCAAUUGAUAUUAAGGUGACAUGGCAAUAUUGAUAACUCGAAUGUGAAUGUUUCAAGUAUUGAAUUUUUGUCCCUAUGGGACAUUUAUUAAAUACACUUAAUAGGACUCUUGCAAAGUAGCCUUAAAAGUGUUGAUGAUUCUAUUAAUAAAUAUGAACACAUACUAUUAUUAGAACCAAUCUUACUCAUAUCUCAAAUACAGUACAUUUACAUUACUGUAGAGGAAGAAGCUGUAAUUUCUUAUUAGGUGUAUUUUUCUUUAGAAAGAGAACCCUGAAAGCUGCCAGUUUUUCUAUUAACCUUGAAUUAUUGGAAUUGUAUUUAUUUAAUUUUAUUGUUUUUUUACAAAAAUGCACCUUGUGGCCAAAGGGCAAAGAUAUGACUCAUUACAUAAGGGAUUUAUGUUUUUCAAAGAGCUAAAUGUUUUCAUAUCCAUUUUUAUAUAAACUUGAAACAGUUGGUAGGAAGAGAACCUCUUGGAAAAAUAAGAUUUUUCAAAAGUAAGUAUUCCUCUGGAUGUUUUUAUACUGAUUAUGUUUUGGAAUAGGACAGAAGUGGCUUUUCGUUAGGAUAAGGAUAAUGCCCUGCUCUGCCUGUUUGUUUUUGUGGGGGAUUUAAGACCAUGACUGAAAAUGGCUCUUGCUCCACUGAGAAGAGUAGAAAUAAGUCCCCCAAAUAUAAAACUCCUAAAUAACUAUUAGAAAAAUUAAAAUGUUUAAAUUUUGUAAAUCACCUGAUACCACUACACACCUGUGACGCCAUGUGCUUACAACAUUUUUGUAACAUUCCAUCUGUGCCCAUUCCCUAAAAGUCAUGAGUUGAUAGUAAGGGAAGUGACAAAAAAUGUAGUUAUGAAAAAUAAAACUCUGAAUGUUUGUAGGAAAGGUUUUGGAAGGAAAAUUGCAGAACUCAGUGUGUACUACAAAUACAAAAUACAACCAAUGUCCUUGUCCCUUGUCCUCACCCCCACCCCCACCAGAAUCAUCACUAAAAAUAGUUCACUACUUAAAAAACAGAAGUAAAUACUUUUCUCAAUAUUAUUUGGCUAUGCAAAUGUUUGUUUUGCUUGAUGUCCUCCAUUUACGCUUCUCAGCAAAUGUAGUUGCAGACAAAUGCUUUCUUUUUAUUUUUCCCUUGGUUCUGGGUAUGUAAAUAGCCUAAAAUGUACAUUGAAUUUCACAUUGUAAAAGUUUAUUUUAUUCCUUGUAUUAUAUUAAGCAAAAAUCCCUAUGUAUAUGAAAGUGCAUAAUAAAUAUAUUUGCUUUACAGAGGA